CAACAAGUGGUAUCAGAGCUAUUGAUAGAGCUCCUGUUGUUGUGGCAAAAUGCAAACUAAAGCCAUGAAGUAUUCAAUUGAGCUAUUUGAUGGCAAGAAUGACUUUGCUCUAUGGCAAAGCACUGUGAAGGAUGUCCUUACUUGUCAAGGACUUGAUGUAGCUUUAGAAGAGACCAAGCCAGCUGAGGUGAGGGAUAGUGAUUGGAGUACUAUCCAAAAGAAGGCAGCAAGUCAAAUUCGGUUGGCGCUUGCACCGGAGAUGGAGCUAUAUCAAUUGAAGAUGGCAGAAGGCACUAAUAUUCAUAGGCACUUAUCUAAUUUCAACAUGAUGGUAACACAAGUAGUGAAUGCCGGGGAUGUUCUAAAAGAAGAGGAAAAAGCUUUGCUUUUACUUGCAUCCUUGCCAAAAUCUUACAAGUCCCUAGUGCAGAGUAUGCUAGUGGGUAAGACUACUUUGGUGAUGAAAGAUUUCACAUCCAUGUUGUUGGAGAAUGAUAAGUUUCUUGGGGAGGAUGAUGGUGCCAAUCAAACUAAUGCUUUGGUGAUGGAGCCUCUCGGGGAAGAUCCAAUGGACGUGGAGUAUAAAUGCCCGAAGGUUAAGGAGGACUUUUCUAAUAUGAAAAUAUUGAUGAAAAGUCAAGAAACCAAGGGCAAGGAAGAGGCUAAUAUUGUUGAAGAAAAUGUGGUUGAAGUAUUAGCUUGUGAAGAGUGUGAUCCUGAGGUGGAGCAAAACAAUCAAAGAUGGAUUUUGGACUCCACUGCAACCAUGCAUGUGUGCAAUAAUCCUUCAGAAUUUGGGAGUUUGAUUCAGGGGGAGCUUGGCAAAAUAACGGUGGCUACCGGCGAGAAGGUGAAUAUUGAAGGCAUAGGAAAAGUUUGUCUCAAUGUUCACAAUGGGAGAGCCAAGAUUCUCAAGAAUGUCGGAAAGCAAGAAUGUUGCAAGGUCUACAAAGGUGGAAGACUUGUCUUGCGUGGAAGGAAGAACAAGCACAACAUCUAUGUGCUUGAGCAACAUCCCGAGAGAGGGCUUAACAAGACCAUGAGGAAGAUGGUGUGGAAGCCUAAAAGGAUCUUGGUAGAUGGCAAGGAAAUUAAUAAAACCAAGAAGAAGGUGAGCUUCAACAAUGAAGUAGUGUCUGAUGAUGGUUCGAGGAGGUACGAUUUUCCCUCGGAUCAUAUCUUGGUUCAAAAUUAAUUUCUGCAAUGCUCCUAGUGUAGGUUUGUCCUAUUCUAUACUAGGAAGAAGCUCUCAAAAAUAGGAGAGCAUGAUGAAGUGUUCAUGAAAAGGGGGAGCAAAAUUAUGGAAUGUUGAAGUGUAUGGAGUCAUGGUUGGUUUCUCCUCCCAUAGGGUUGGAGGGGGAGAUUGUUGGAAGAAAGUCCAACCCCAUUUGUGAACCCAUGGACUUUUUGUGUGGAAGUUUGCUUCACCAACCUAGCUAGUUGUGGGCUAGGAUUGCUUUGUUGAAAUCAUGCAAGAUUGCAUGUUGAGCCAUUUAAUGAACAAAGAAAAUCAUG